AGUUAUUAAAUAUCAAGAUUGGCAGUAUGUUGUUUAAAGUGCAAUGUCUGAUAGCCAUCACGGCUUUCUUAGCUGUGAUCGAUGGAAGUAGAAUUAUUCGAUCCCCAGGUAAUCGAGGAUGGGACGGCAGUUUUGAUAGCCACCCUAGUGCUGGUAAUGCACGUGUCUCACAAAGCCAUGGUCCUCUCGCUCGGUCUUCUUGGGGAGGAUCUGUCGGCGCUGGGGCUCGAACAUUCGGAAACGGCGGAUAUGGAGCAGCGAGAUCUUUGGGUUCCGGAUGGGAUACUGGAUCUUUAGGGAGGUCAAGUAAUACUGGUUGCGCUUCCGGAUGGUGAAAGAAGAAGAAACAUUAUGUUAAUGAUUUUGAUUUGGACGUGGAUAACUAUGGGGAAUUAUUAUGCAUUAAAUAGAUAUAAACAUGAAUUACCUAAUUAUUACUAACAAUUAAAAAAAAUAUAUUAAAUUAAA